AUGGCACCUAAAAAAUACUACGUGGCUUGGAAUUAUCGAGAAACCGAAGGUUUUGAGGCGGUAAAAGACGAGCGGACGAAGGAGGAUGAGGAGAAGAUCAAGGAAUUUGACAAUGACUUAGAGAAACUCGAGAGGUAUCCCAAGAUACUCGAGUAUGGAGCUGUGCAGCAAUUCGUUCCUGUCAUACUAGUCGAGGAAUUAGAAGCUGACAAAACCCUUGAUGUCCCCCUCGAGGAAAAUAAAGCAAAGCAGGGCGAGGAGACCAUUCCUCCUUUGACCGAGAAGGAGGUGCCCUCAGAGAAGGAGACUGGGCCAAGCACUCAACCUCUCCCUAUCGAGAAGGGAAAAGGCCCUUUCGCGGGGAAUGUAACCAUCCUGCCUCCUGAGAAACCUAUUGGGGGCCCUUCUAUCGCGGUUCAUACCUUUGACAAUCCUCCUACCAAUGAGUGCCCUGUGCUGGAAGAAUUUGCUGCCAACCUUACCCAGGCAGAUGGAUUAAAAUUGGGUCUUUGCAAGCUAUCUACGGAUCAACUACCCCUGUGGGAGGCCUUCUGUGAAGUUCUGUCCAAGAUGAGUUCGCCCGAGAACAUUGUCUCAUUUCCCAGGGAUGUGGCUUCUAUUUUCACGAGAGGUCCUGGUGAGGAAUUGGCAAUACCUGAAGUCUCCGACGAGUAUUUUGGAAUUGACCUAGAAGAGGAUGAAGAUGAGACUGCUAAGGAGGAUGACACAGGCAAUUCGGGUGCCAAGGACCAAGAUCCCCCAGUCGUGGGCGAUACUAGAGGAGUCGAGGAAAGGAAUCCCCCUGUCAAGGAAACAUCUGAAAACCAACCGGGAAAUGACUCUCAUUCUCAGAGUGCUAAACAAAUCCAAACCAGGGCAGAACGCUUCAUUGCCGCCAUCAAGAUACUGAAGAGAAGGACUAAAGAGGCUGAAUUUUAUUCGAGACAAUCUGCCAUCCUACAGAACAUACUGGUCGAUCGUGAGAUCCCGCUUCCUAUUCUCGAGGACCUAGAUGAGAACGAGGAAGCUUCAGAGAAGACGGCUGCCGAGGAAAUCCUUCUUAGGCUUAACGAGCAAGACUGGGAAAUCGUCGACUUGAAAGACAAGUUGAACCAGUGUAUCAACCAACUUAGAGUGCUAGGAUUCUCAGGCGUGAUUAAGCCAUCUCGAUUUAACCCCAAGGGGAAAGAUCUUAGUAUUUAA